CGGCUCCUGUUCAAGUGUGUAUGUGUUUGUGGGUGUAUCCUUUGCUCGCUCGCAUCAAAUCGUCUCCAUUCCGCAAUCCAGCAAAAAGGGCAAAUUCGGUUCCCUUUUUGCUUUUUCUUCGUAGAUAUUAAUAAAGGUUCUCGUUUUUGGAGUUCCAGGUUUCACCUGAUUGAUGGGAUUUCCUUUUUCUUCAAUCCGUGUGGGUUACUUGACAAUCACAUUCCUCGCCAUCUCUUGUCUCCUCUUGUGCCUCUUCACGAAUCCUGUUGAUUCCAGUGCCCUAAAACCCAAAUCCGAGCAUGGUUGCAGUGCCCUGAAGCACUUUCAUGACUACAAAUCCAAGUGCGCUUACCUGAAAUCAAUCGACCAAUGCGCUAAUCAAGGUUUCAUCGAUUACCUCUCCUUCCUCUAUUGUAAUUUCGAUGGAUCUCCACUAGUGGGUCAAUUUCUCCUCUUCCUCUGGCUCCUUGUCCUGUUCUACGUAUUGGGCCACACAGCGUCUGAGUAUUUCUGCUCAUCUCUCGAAAGUCUCUCCAAGCUUCUCAAUUUGUCGCCUACUGUUGCCGGCGUAACUCUUCUGUCUCUUGGAAAUGGCGCUCCUGAUUUGUUCGCAAGCUUGGUCUCUUUCAUGGGAGAAUCAAAGGGCACUUACGGUGUCGGUCUCAACACAGUCGUGGGAGGUUCUUCUUUCGUCACCUGCGUCGUUGUUGGGAUCAUAAGCAUUGCGUUGCAUAGGAGACGCGUCCGUGUCGAGCGAUCCGCUUUUAUACGAGACAUUUGCUUCUUCUGUGCAGCUAUUGGUUCCUUGGCUUUGAUUCUGGUUUAUGGAAAGAUCAAUUUUUGGGGUGCUCUUGGGUUCUGUUCUUUGUAUGCUGUUUAUGUUGCCUUUGUGUAUCUCUCUUGGAGAUUUGGUGGAGAAGGUGCUGAGUUUGAUCUUGAGUCAGUCCAUAAGCGUGGUAGUCUUAGUGAACCAAUCUUGCAAAGAGACGAUCUUGAGGAGAUUGAUGAUUGUGUCAUUGUUAAUGGAGAGCUUCAUAAUGAUCAUCGGCGAUAUUACUGGAAAUUGGCGGUUUGGAUUAUCACUCUGCCUCUAGACUUGCCAAGGAUAUUGACAAUUCCUGUAGUUAGUGAAACCGGAUGGUCUAAACCAAAAGCUGUUGCUUCGGUCACAUUAGCUCCGGUUCUGUUGUCGUUUCUAUGGAACUGGAAGCGGAACCCUUCGAGUUUUGAGACGGGGGUUGUUUAUUCGAUCGGGUGUUUGGUCGGAAUAGUUCUUGGUUUCGUUGCAGGAGCCACGACGAAGACGUUAACCCCACCGAAGAAAUGGCUAUUACCUUGGUUAGCAGGUGGGUUUGUGAUGAGCAUGACAUGGAGUUACAUAUCGGCUCAAGAGCUAGUCGCGCUUUUGACUUCUCUAGGUUACAUUUUCGGUGUAAGCCCUUCGAUCUUGGGCCUAACGGUACUCGCUUGGGGAAACUCUAUUGGGGAUCUUAUAACCAAUGUGACGAUGGCGUUGCACGAUGGCAACGAAGGAGCUCAAGUGGCUGUGUCGGGAUGUUACGCGGGACCAAUCUUUAAUACAUUGUUUGCGCUCGGGAUUUCGCUUGUGGGAUGCGCGUGGGAGGUUUAUCCGUCGAGCAUUGUGAUUAAGACAGAUCCUCGUUUGUUGGAGUCUCUUGGGUUUCUGGUGAUAGGACUGGUUUGGUCCUUCUUGGUUCUGUUUAGUAACCGAAUGAGGCUUGGUGGUGUGAUGGGGAUUGGACUAUUGGUCAUUUACUUGGCUUCAUUGUCUAUAAGGAUUGUACAAACAGCUGGAGAUUCUCACUAGUUACUAAUUUUGGUUUUCAACUCACAGUUUCGUACAUCACACGGAUUUGUAUAAUCUUCUACUCUGUGAAGGGAAUCACUUCUUUU